UAUUUCUUUUUUCCUUUUUUUAUCAUAUAUUAAUAAACAAUUUCUUUAAACACUUGCUUUUACUGUCUUCAUUAUCUGCUUUCCAUUGUCUUUUUGCUCCUGCACUUUUUUUUUUUCUUUUACUCUCUGUUAGUUUUCGUUAUCUCUCGCAUUUUUCUGUUUAUCAUGACUUCAAGUCAAUAUCCCCCAUCUUCUCCCAUUGCUGAUUACUUUCCUGAUGAUAAUGAUAGCGACAGUCAGAUUACCGACAGUGAUCAACACGAUAUACAAACCGACGAUGACGAGAUUAUGAUAUCAAAAGCUUUGUAUCAUACUCCUAAAAAAAGAAGAUAUUCACAUUUACCAAUAAAAAAUUCAUCACAACACAGUGCUAGCAGUUCCAGUUUAAACAAUGAAAAGAUUGCAGGUUUCAAUUUGCCUACUCCUGAUCCUUCAAGCGAGAUUUUUUCAUCUCAUUUAAAAUUCAAUUUAGAUGAAAAACAAGAAAAAGUGCAAAUUAUUAUCAAUAGCACUGAUACCAUGAGCGACAGUCUUAGUGAUAACAAUCAAAAUACUGCUGAUAUUAAUAAUAUAACUCCUAUCGCUAAUCAAUUCACUGCUCAAGUCAGUGAUAAAAUCAAUUAUGAGAGUCCAAUUAGAGCCACUAAUAAACCCCGUUUAAUUAGCAAAUCUCAGACUCCUGAUAACAAUAAUAGAAGUAGUAGCUGCGAACGUGAUGAGAAGGACAGUUAUUAUAAUUGCAAUUAUAAUCACAACAAUAACGAUAAUGACAAUGAUAACGAUAGUGAAAUGAAUAAUGAUUAUAUCACCAAUAUUAAUAUAAAUCACACGACCAAUUCUUAUUCUAUUGGAAAACAAACAUCUAAUGACAUUAUAAUAAAUAAUGGCAAUAAAUAUGUCUCAAGAAACCAUCUUUUAAUUCAUUACAAUUCAUUAAAUAAUUCCAUAAUAAUUGAUUGUCUAAGUUUGAAUGGUGUGUCAAUAAUAUUACCUUAUCAUGUUAAACUAAUUUAUAAUGACCAUCAUGGUAACAAUGAUAAAAAUCUAUACGAAUUUUAUGAAUUGAACAACGAUAAAUUUUCUAAAAAUGUUAAUGUUAAAAAUAUUAAUAUUAAAAAUAUUAAAAAUAUUAAAAUUGAUAAAAAAAGUGAUUACAAGAGUUUAGUUAAACAAGGCUUGACAGAUUUUAAUAGAAUUGCUACCAUGAUUAAAUCAAGUAUUAUAUUUAUUAUAAAAGGUGAAAGAGUUAAUAUUCCCUGCAUAAAUAAUAUUUUAUUAGACAUCCGAGGAGAAUUGGUUAAUAUAAAUUGCAAUAAUUACAAACCAAAUAAACCAAGAAUAAUUAAUUUGUAUAAGACUGGUUAUCUGGAUUAUAUUACAAAGACAGUCAAUAAUUCCCUAAAAGAUGAAGAUUCAAGCGAUUUAAAUCUGAUGGAUAAAACCGACAUCAUAAACCAAAUAAUUACAUUAAAUAAAAGAGACCAAUAUUAUGAAAAUGCUAUGGCUAGAAAGAGAUUUCUUUCAAAUUCCAAUUUCCAUAAGAAUUUCAAAAAUUUUCAAAAUGAUAACGAUGAUAAUAACGAUGAUAGCGAUAAAGAAAACAUCAAUAACGACGAAGAAAACAGUCUUAAUAUGGUUUUACAACAGGAGCUUCAUGAAAUUGAUAAAAAGCUAAAACUAAUAACAUUGGAAAAUAUUUUGAUAAACCAUUUAGCGUAUACAAGAUUAGCAUCAACUCCUAUAGCAUUUUUGCAAAAAAAUGUGAGCCAUUUGAUCAGCAAAUUGGACAAGGUGCUAUUAAGAAAGAUCUUGAAUAAAAUAAGGUGUAUUGGUGUUAUUUAUCGAGAGGGAAAGGACGCAGCAGGGCAAAGUUUAGAUGAGGAGUACUAUUAUGAUGUGGAAAAGGACCCAGACCAAGACAGAAAAAGCUUGAUAAAGUCAAUUAAAGGUGGGAACUCAUUGCGAAGCUGCAGAAGAAGCCACAAGCAGUACUUCUGGAAGAAGCCUCCUCCACUACAUUCCAAACGAUGGGAGGCAGAUUCGUAACAUGUAUAGAUUUAUAUAAAACAGCAAAAUAAUACAAUAGUAUAAUAAGCUACAGUUCUAAAC